AUUGGAGCAACUUGGCUCUGACCUGUCGAGUGCAGGGGAAUGAAAGUUUUCAUAAAAUAAUUAAAUCAGUAAUAUUUAAUAAAUGGAAAUUAAAUUAAUAUUUUAUUAUUUAGAAAAUCUUUCCGAGAUAAAAUUAAUAUUUGGAGCGUAAAAUAAAAAAAGAUCAGCUCAGCACCACUAUUCCGCAUUCAAAAUUUAAGCUAGCAAAAUGGCGUCGGCCGCUGAUGCCGAACCUUGGUAUGUUUCCCUUUUAGGUUUGGCAGAAACAUUCCGGACGUCGAACCCUCCUAAUAUUCGGUUAUGUAUUCAUUGUCUACAAUCUAUUUUCAAUUUCAAACCACCUCCCCGGAUUGAGUCAAGGACACAUCUACAACUGGGUAACAUAUUACUGGCCCAUACAAAAAACAUAGAUCUCGCUCAGACGCAUUUGGAAAAGGCGUGGACUCUAUCAUGUAGCAUGGCUGCUGCAGAUGAUGUACGGUUUGAAGCAGCUAGUGUUUUGGCACAGAUUUAUGAAAAGCAGCAGCAAGUAGACCGUGCUAAACCUAUUUUGAAAAAGGCAAUUGAGGUGUCACAGCAAGCUCCCUAUUGGCAUUGUCGACUUCUUUUCCAUCUUGCACAAAUCCAUGCCUCUGAACGAGACUAUGUGUCUGCAUGCCAGUUAUUGGGUGUUGGUUCCGAAUUUGCUUUGUCAGCCAAGUCUGAUUACCUACGCCUAUUGUUUCUACUCAGUAAAGGAAUGUUACUAUUAGUUGAUAAAAAGAUGCCUGAGGUGAAGGAGGUUCUUUCAAUGGCCGGUGCUUUAAUUGAACGUUAUCAAGGAUCACCAACUCAAAAAGAAUCUCUUAAUGUAUUUUUCUUAGUUCUUCAAGUUUGUCACUAUUUAAUGGCUGGGCAGGUAAAAAGUGUAAAACCAUGUUUAAAACAGUUACAACAGAGUAUACAAACAGUUACCCAGUUACAUUCAGAUGAUGAACCACUUUCUAGCAACCAGAUAGACCAGUUCCAAUGGUUACCCAAAGAACAUAUGUGUGUCUUAGUUUAUCUUGUUACAGUGAUGCAUUCCAUGCAGGCGGGCUACAUGGACAAAGCACAAAAAUAUACUGACAAAGCUCUCAUGCAGAUUGAAAAAUUAAAAAUGCUGGACGCCCAUCCACUCUUAUCAUCAUUCCAACUGAUGCUGCUUGAACACAUCGUCAUGUGUCGUCUAAUAAUGGGCAGUAAGUCUGCCGCCAUCCAAGAAAUCUUCCAGGCUUGUAAUGUCUGCCAACAACAACCCAGGUUAUUUUCAACUCAUGGAGCUCAAAUACACACACUAUUAGGCCUUUAUGCUAUGUCUAUGAACUGUAUGGAGGCAGCAGAGUCACAGUUUAAUACAGCUUUUAAACUUUCUACCGAUGUAGAUUUAAGAACAUUUGUAAAACUGAACCUUGCUAUUGUAUAUUUACGAACAAAUAGACAAACAGAUUUAAUAAGUCUUCUGGAAACAGUAGUUUCACCCCAGAAGGUUUCUCCUUCCACAGAUAGAAGGUUGUCAACAGACAGUGAAGUAAUGAGCCGAAUCGGCUCGCACAGUUUACGGGCUUCUGCAUUUUAUGUUCGUGGAUUGCAGGCAUUCUUUCAGGCAGGCUAUAAUGAAGCCAAACGCUACCUACGCGAGACGCUGAAAAUGGCCAAUGCUGAAGACUUAAAUCGUUUAACAUCAUGUUCACUGGUUUUAUUAGGGCAUAUAUUUUUAUCAUUAGGAAAUAGCAGGGAAGCCAUGAACAUGGUAACUCCAGCCAUGCAGUUGGCUGGUAAAAUCCCGGAUGUACAUGUUCAGCUCUGGGCCUCUUCAUUACUCAAAGACCUAUAUCGUUUGUGUGGGGACCAGGUAAAAGAGGCCGAAGGUUACAGGAUGCACACCAGCUUUUCUCAAGAUCUCCUUAAAGAUCAUUUUCAGUCAUCACAGUUAUCUGAACAUGGCUUAAUACAAUGGACUGAGGGUCCGUGUCCUUUCCACCUGUCAUCAGAGGUGUCCAGUAGCAUUUUGUGAGAAGAUGCAGGUGAACCUUCCCUCCCAUCUGUUGUUUUAACCAACUGGCUGUGCAGCUGAUCAAAUGAACACCUAACUGGACCUGUAUUGCUGCAUGUUAUGAUGCAGUGGUGUGCAGGUUUAAAUAAAGAAAUAAUAGGGGUGAUGGAGAUAUUUAAUGGUCCUGGAGUGAAAACAGAGAAGAGACAAAGAAAAGCAGAAAAGAAGAGGGUUGGGAGGGAGGGGGUGACUACAAAAUAAGUAAAAGUUUCUACUUCAUCUCUCUCUCUAUUUUUCUUCCUCCUACUUCCUUCCUCCUACUUACUGCCACCUUUUCCUGCUCUCUGCCUGUAUUCUCUCCUGUGUCCACCACCACCACCACCAUCAUAUUAUCAUCAUCUGUUACACUCCAUUACUAUUACCAACAUUUGUUUAACAUAUGCAUGUACAUGUGUAUGUGAAUAUGUUACAUUUUUUUUUUACUACAUGGUUUUGCAUGACACCUUGGGCAAGUGUUUUUGUAUUAUAUCCCCAGGCAGAUCAAAGCCUUGCAGAUGGAUUUAAUAGACAGAGGCAUGUGUGUGUGUGUGUGUGUGUGUGUGUGUGUGCAUGUGCACAUGUAUAUAAUGUGUGUGUGUAUAUAUGUGUAUAUAUGUGCAUAUAUAUGUGUAUAUAUAUCUAUAUUUGUGUUUAUAUAUAUCUGUGUAUAUAUGUGUGUACAUGUGUAUAUAUAUGUGUGUAUAUAUGUGUAUAUAUGUGUAUGUAUAUAUAUAUCUAUAUAUAUAACUUUGUGUCUGUGUUUGUCCCUGUAACUUAGCAAUUUGGCAAAAGUGACCAAUAGAAUAAGUACUAGACUUACAAAAAGUAAGUCUUUGGGUCAAUUUGUGCGACUAAAGGCAGUACUCCAGCAUGACCACAGUCAAAUGACUGAAACAAGUAAAAGAAUAUAUAUGUAUAUUUAUGUGUGUGUGUGUGUGUGUGUGUGUGUGUGUGUGUAUGUAUGUAUGUAUGUAUGUAUGUAUAUAUAUAUAUAUAUAUAUAUAUAUAUAUAUAUAUAUAUAUAUAUAUAUAUAGUGCACAUACAUAUGCUGUAUGUUGCUUCUGAAGAUCAUGAGCUACAAUUACUGUUGAUUAUCAUUUCUCCUGUCAAUAAAUCUUCCACUGGAUUUGUUCCUUUGAAGACAUGUCAAAUUACAGAUUCCUAAUUUUGAAAAGCAAAUAAAGAUUCGGAACAGGACGGGCAUCUGGCUGUAAAACAGUGCCCCAGUAGCAUAUUUCUCUAACCCAUGUUAGCAUGGAAAAGUGGAUGUAAAAACGAAACGAUGUCUAUGUCUGUGGAUGUGUGUGCAUGCAUGUGUGUGUAUAAAGCAUCUUUUUAAGACUCUGUCUCUCGUACUCCCUUCCCUCAUCAUUUCUAUUAGUUUCUACCAUUGUUGUGUGUUUGCAUGAUUUGUUUAUACAUAUACUGUCAACAGAGUACACUCUCUGUGUUUGGACACACAGUUUGCAACAUACUUCAUAAGUAGGCAGUCUGCAUCCAGCUGGUGCUGUUGUUACACUUUAUAUUCAGUACACCUGGAGUUGCAGCAGAAGUUGAUUGCCAUGCACACUGGUGCAUGCCGUCAUUAAGUUCUUUAGUAGAACAGUGCAGUGCUGUGAGAAUGAGAUAAGAUUGUGUUCUAUAUAGAGGGGGAGAAAAGGAGGGAAAAUAAGUAGAGGUGGAGCAAGUGUGAAUGAGAGGUUAGAAGGUUAUUAUCGUUAAAGUGCGAUACUGUGAUAUAGCCAAAAAAAAAUAAUAAUAAUAAUAGCUGUAAUUAAUUUGAAUAAAUAAUGUUGAGCAAAAUAUAUUUUAGUAAACACACAAUAUACACAUACAUUCGUUCUCUCUUUCAUUUUCUCAACCCCUUCUGCUUUGAGGUACAAGCAAAAGCAAUUGAAAAGGCACAGAACAAUUUGAGAUGUUAGAGUAGGGCUGAGCUGUAGUGGAGGAUGAUGAUUGAACAGUAUGAUUCAGUGUUUUACUACUGCUUCCCUUCCCAAUAUUUGCUGUUUAAUGUUUUACUAUUUGGCAAUUUAACUAAAGAGAAUUGCUGAAGGAAGGUUUUAAUUUAGAUCACUGUAAUCCUUUUGCUGCCAUAUUUCUUUUGAAAUAUACUGCUUUCGUUGUAAUUAGUUUUGAAAAUGCUAAAGAAUUUAGUAAAAUAGCAUUGUCAUUAUUAAGCUGAUAUUUGAAUAUAAUUAUUUUAAAUAAUAUUUUUAGUAAAUACAGAAAUAAAAUUAUCAUGGAAUUUUGGUGGAAGGUUUUAAUUUAAAUAAUUUUAUAACUUGGAGUUUGUAUCAUAGAAUCAGUGGAUGGUCUGAGGCAGAAUAAUUAUAGUUAAGGUGUAUACUUGAGGUCUUGUCACUUGCUAGAGUAUGUCCACAAUACAAAGCCAGAUUUAUUUGUUCCCUGACUACAGAGUAUAACAUGACCCAUCUGCAAUCUGCCUGUCUGAGACACCUCAUACUAUUCUGUUUUAAACCUUAAUGACAAAUAAUGGUUCUUUUCUUGUGUUUAUAAAAGUCUAUUUUCAAACAGUCUCUCUCUCUCUGUCUGUCUGUCUCUCUCUCUCUCUUUCUCUCUAUCUCUCUCUCUCUCUCUCUCUCAGUUUUUCAUAUUCCUUUUCUCUCACUUAUUGUCAAUAAUAACUUUUUAUGGUAACUUUCCAAUAGCAUCAUGCACAUACAAAUUCUCUUUCUCUCUCUUACACACAUUUCCCCUCUCUCUCACUUUUUUUUCUCUUCUUAACUUAAUUUAUUUUCUGAUGGCUGUGUUUGAUUUUUAUUUCUUAGCUUCACUUAUUGCUGCAUUGAUUGAUUUUUAAUGACCUAAAAGUAGGAAAGACAACACCUUUUAUAUAUUCUGUUGCCGAGUGUAUGAGACUGAUGGAAAGGAGAAAGCAACUUCAUCUUGGACAUCUGCUGCAAAUGCUUUCAGCCAGGUGGCCUUCACUAAGGACACCCAACAGCCAAGUGAUGGUGUUAAGGCAAUAAAUUGAAUUAAGGAAUUAUAUGUAUGGGUUGUUACUGUUGAAGUUGAUGACUUUAGUUCUGCUGGUGUCAGCUGUGUCCUUAUUAAUUAGAGUCAGUCACCUUCACUGAAUCCACUGGGCAGUUUAACUUGAUUUUUAAUUCUUUUUCUGCAACCCCAUUCCUUCCUGGUUUGUUUGUUUGUUUGUUUUGUUGGAUUUCUAUGCGGUUCGUAGAUGCCUUGUAAUGUUUAUUUUCUCUGAGAAAUCUGUUACCAUUUCUGGUGGGAUGGAAAAAAGACCACUAUUGUUUGAUGAUGAUGGUAUAUUGGUAUCUGGAAUCCUUUUGUUUAUGUCAUUUCUGCCAAUCAAUGCUUCUGCAAUGUUCUGCUUUGUUUGAGAGGCAAGGUUGUUUGGUAUAAAUUAACCCUUUAGCAUUCAGAUUACUCUGUCUUAUUUAUUCAUAUUGUUUUGAAUUAAUUAUGCAAUAUCUUGUAGCUUUGAGAUUUCGAUGAUGUGAUUGUUUAUUUUUAGAAUGACAUUGUAGGGCAGGUGUGAGAGUUAGGAUUUUCCCAAUUUGAACAUAAAACAGGUAGAAUAUUUGGGCCAGGUAUGGCCGGAGGCUUUGUUGUUGUCCACAGUCAGACAGGACUGUUAACAUCUCUCGUCACUUGUAAUAAAUAUCUUCAUGUUUUGGCAUUUAAAACAAACAACUUGUUCGUAUCCUUGGUUGUAGGGGGAAAAACUUGGAAAGAAUCAACAGAUAUUCCUGCUAGGAACAUGAAACAAGUGACCCAGUCUUGGAAAGCAUCUUUCAUCUUCAUUAUUUGAAAAUAUACCAUCAUUGUUUCUGAGCCCUACUUUAAGGACAUAGACAUAGCAAGUUGUCCAGUAAUUAAUAAUAAAAAAACUGUCUUUCUGACAUAGUGGUCAACUAUGUGUAUCUGCGUGUACACACACACACACACACACACACACUAGCCUGUUUCUAACCAUGGAGCGGAGCCAAGCCAAGCAUGAAAUGUCCAGUUCCAGAUGUCCAUUAGAUGGUACUGGUGCAUCCACUUGGCUAUGAUGUUCUUGUAUCAGAUGAAUUAUUCAUUGUUUUAUGGUUAUAUUUGGUACCCUUCAUUGGGAAUCAUUUUGUGUGCUGUUGUUGGUUCUGAUAUGGUUGGGUAUUGUUUAUAGCAUUGGUAUGGUUUUGUUAUCAAUGUUUAUUAUUAUUAUUAAGAUUGCAAGCUGGCAAAAUCAUUAGCAUGGUGAACAGAAUGCUUAGCAGCAUUUUUCCCUUCUCUUUAUGUUCAGAGGUCAACUUUACUUUUCAUCCUUAUAUGUUUGAUAAAUUAAGUACCAAUCGGGUAUUGGGGUGGGGUGGGGUGGGGGGUUUAAUGUAAUCAACUUCCUCCUCCCCUGGAAAUUGCUGGCCUUGUGCUUAUAGUAAUAUUAUUUAUGAAGAUAGGAGGAUAAUGCUGUGCAUUCUUUCUUGCAAAAAAAAAAAAAAGCAAACAAAAAGAUAUUUAGAAGAAAGAAAGGGUGAGUGUGUAUCUAUGUCAAAUAAAUGGUAAGUGAACUUAUCUGUGAUAACUGUUAACACUAAAGUUUCUCUGUCUCUCCUUUCUCCUCCUCUCUCACUUGCUUACACAAGUGCUGUAACUCCCUCCCUCCACUUAACCAGACUUUUUGGGGGUCUUUUCUGUUGCAGUCACAGUUUUUGAAAGUAUUAUAUUUAGUGAAAAUUUUCAAAUUUGGUAUAUUGAUGUGAUUUUUCAUGUUGAGUCUCAUUUUCAUAUUCACUUAUUCCAGAGAACUUCUAGAAAGGUUUAAAACCAGAUUUGGAAGCUGGUAUUUUCUGUGUGAUAAGUCUUCUAUCACAAAAAGAAAGCAAAACAUUACAACAACAAAAGUUGUAAGAAGUUUUUAGGUUUUAAUAAAGUCAUGUGAAACAGCUGAACGAACAUGUAAAUGAUUUAAAAAUGAAAAAAAUUCUCCAUGAAAUUUUUUUGUGAAAUAUUUCAAAACAAACUACUUUAGGGUUGGGGUUUAGGGUUAGGAUUAGAGUUGUGGUCUAGGUUAAAGGCUUAAGGUUAGGAUGUAGGGGUAUUAGUUAAUUUUAAAUCUAAUGAAGAAUUUAGUAAAAAGAAAAUGUCAUUAUUAAGCUGUUUGUAAUAUAAAUUAACAGUGUUCAUGGAAGAUUUUAAUGUAGAUUACUUUAACCCUUUUGUUACCAUAUUUCUGUGGAAAUAUAUUGCUUUUGUUUUAAUUAAUUUGGAAAAUAAUGAAUUUAAUAAAAUAACUGUCAUUAUUAAUCCAUUAUGAGAAACAAAUCAACAUGAAAUUUUGAUGGAGGAUUUUUUUAGUUUAGAUUAUUCCAAAACAAAUUUGUAUUACAGAACCAGGGGCAGCCUCAGGUGGGUUGAAAAACUUAACCUCCAUCCCUGCAACCCCCCCCCCUUGCCCCUAUUUAUUCUUCUCUCUCUCUUUGUCUUUUAGAUUUUAUUUUUCAUUGUUCCUCUUACAUACAUGUAUGUCUGUGUACACUUCAAUUGUGCCCUCUUUCCAUAUGUGCAUGUCCACACUGUUCAUAUGGUGGCUCAAGAAGAAAGUGUGCAUGUUUGAGGUUAACUAUAUGUAAUUAUUAUUUACUAUUUGGGGAGUGGUGAGGUUUGAGAACGUAUGGAAUAUGAGAGAGAGUCAAGAGACUGAGCUUUUGUUUUUCUCCUUACAUAUUGCAGUUGUGUAUGUAUGUAUGUCUGUAUGUGUGUGUUUGGAUGUUUUAAUUAAUGUUACUCCACACACAUACAACUUCUACCACAUAUUUACAGAUUUUUUGCAUUGUUUGCUUAUUGUUUUUUUUUUGUUUGUUUUUGUCUCUUGUAUCUGUUGAUCCUCAAUCAUCAUAACAACCCCAACAAAAGAACAAAAAUAACACCACAAUCACUAUAUCUCUUUUUACCUAAUUUGAUGACAUUGCCUUUCCCUUUUUUCUUGCUUAUAUUUCAUUUUUUCUUUUCUUAUUUAAAAAAAAAAAAUCGAGUCCCCUCCUCUUUCUCUAAAUAUAGGAAAAUAUAAUUUACAUGCAGGAGGUGUACCUCUCCCUUAGUUUCCUUCAUUGUAAAAAUAUUUUUUCUUCCCUCUUCCAUUCUGUUUUCAUCAUCUUCUCUCUCCUUUGCUUUCAAUUUCUUCCUCUUUUGUACAUACUCUCUUUAAUCACCCCCAGCCCACCAUUUCUCUCUUGCACACAAUUUCUCUCUAACCAACUUUCUCUUCCUUUCACAUUGUAUGAAGUGUGAAAGGGAGAGAACUCAGUCCUUUUUUUUUUCACCUACCUUUCUUUCUACCUAGCUCAUCUCUCUCUCUCUUUGUCCUUCUCUCUCUCUCUCUCUCUCUCUCUCUCUCCACCGUAUAAGCGGGGACUGCCAGUAACUUCAAUAACAAAAACAACAAACGAAAGAAAACAUUAAAUUUUUUUUUUUUUUAAAUAAAGAUAAAACCGUUACUCUGCUGCUGUCCACGACAUUCUGUGUCGCAGGUGUCGCCUUUAAAACUGUCGACCAUCACUACCACCACCACUACUACCACCACUACCACCACCACCACCACCAUCUGCAACAGCUGUUGUUGCAGCGGUGGAACAUUUGUAAAUAAUCAUCACUUUUAUGUGCCACAGACCACAAGAAACUCGUUUUUUUAAAAAUAGUUAAUAAACCAAAUUGUCACUGUUACAAA